AUGGGUUACUGGGUUCUAAAUGAAACAACUUCCUUGAUUCUGGUAACAUGGCUGGGAUUAAAUGCAUAUUUAUUCAUUGAUACCUUUAUCUGGUAUGAUAAAGCUGAAUCAUACUACUAUACACGGGUGAUACUAGGGUCUACUCUAGCUUGGGCAAGAGCUUCUGCAAUGUGUCUGAACUUUAACUGCAUGCUGAUUAUACUACCUGUCUGUCGAAAUUUUGUAUCUCUGCUCAGAGGAACUAGUGCAUGUUGCAGAGGAGAUCUCAGAAGGCUGCUUGACAAAAACAUUACAUUUCAUCGGUUUGUUGGCUAUAUGAUCGUACUUCAUGCAGCCAUCCACAUUGUCGCACAUUUUAUUAAUAUAGAACGCUACCAUAUGAGUCGGUCAGUAGAGGCUGGGGAAUUGUGUAACAUACUAGCAAACAUCGGCAAUCGGUCGAAUGAAAAUUACUUAAAUCCAAUUAGAAGCUACAAUAAAAAUAUUAUAAAAGAAGUGAUUGUCUCUAUAGCUGGCAUCUCUGGCUUUGUCAUCACAUUGACUCUUGUGUUAAUUGUAACGUCAUCUACAGAAAUCAUAAGAAGGUCAUUUUAUGAAGUCUUCUGGUAUAUCCAUAACCUAUCUAUUAUUUUCUUCAUCGGACUCGUUUUACAUGGUACCGGACAGAUGGUUCGUGGCCAGACAUCAGAAAGUAUGUUAUUACAUAAUCUUUCAUAUUGUAAAGACCAUUACUAUGAGUGGGGUGAAACUGAACAAUGUCCUAUACCAAGAUUUUCUGGUAACAAACCAGCGACAUGGAAAUGGGUUGUUUUCCCUUUGGUAUUCUAUGUAUGUGAAAGGAUAAUUCGAUUUUGGAGAUCUAAGCAAGAAGUUGUCAUCACAAAGGUUGUCACUCACGCAUCGGGUGUCCUAGAAAUUCAAAUGAAGAAAAGGGGUUUUGCUAUGGAACCAGGCCAAUAUAUUUUUCUUCAAUGCCCUGCUGUUUCAUGGCUAGAGUGGCAUCCUUUCACAUUAACUUCAGCACCAGAAGAACCAUUUUUUAGUGUGCACGUGAAGGCUCUUGGAGACUGGACAAAAGGCCUCCUUGCAGAAUGUGGGGCAAGCAGGAAUAUGUGUUUGGAGCCUUGGCAGCUGCCAAGAUUGGCAGUUGAUGGACCUUAUGGAUCAGCUACAACUAAUGUAUUCCACUAUCAUGUUAGUGUAUGCAUUGCAGCAGGGAUUGGAGUGACACCUUUUGCAUCUGUCCUAAAAUCGGUGUGGUACAAAUACUGCUCUCCGAAUAGUGAUAUUGGAUUAAGAAAGAUAUAUUUCUAUUGGCUUUGUCGGGACACUCAUUCAUUUGAAUGGUUUGCUGAUCUCCUGAUCUCCUUAGAAGAACAAAUGUCAGAGCAAGGCAAAACGGACUUUCUUAGUUAUCAUCUUUUUCUCACCAGCUGGGAUGAAAACCAGGCUGCACACAUAGCUUUUCAUUGUGAUAAUGACCUGGAUGUUAUCACAGGACUAAGGCAUAAAACAAACUUUGGAAGACCCAACUGGAAUAAAGAAUUCAGAUAUAUAGCAGACAGACAUUCAGGAACUAGUAUAGGGGUGUUCUUCUGCGGACCAAAAUCUCUUUCCAAAAUACUGAACAGUAUGUGCCAUUUGCAUUCAUCAUCUGAUCCAAGAGGAGUCCAUUUUCAUUAUAACAAGGAGAGUUUUUAA